GGAUAUAUAUGGCAGAAUCAACUGCGUCAUUCUUUGAUCCUUGCCUGGUGUGACCGAUGGCAAGGACUGUAUAAUACGACUCGUGGGUGACACGUAAAGACUUCCACACCGCUUCCAUGUAUGCCGCGCUGCCUCUUCUAGCGACCGCCGUGGUUCUCUGGGCCAUCUAUCCUCACUUCAAGAAACGAGAUUUACCCUUACCACCAGGACCUCCAGGCGAGCCGAUCAUAGGACAUCUUCGAGUUAUUCCUCAAGACCAUCCCGAGCACCAGUACACGCAAUGGGGCAAAGACUACAAAUCCGACAUUCUCUCUUUCAACGUCUUGGGACGGCCCAUCGUAGUCGUGAAUAGCAUUGAAGUAGCCCACGAUCUGCUCGAUAAGAGAGGAGCCAACUAUGCCGACCGCCCGCGAUUCGUACUUUUCGAAGUGAUGGGCUGGGGUGUUACCCUGACCUUCUUACGAUGGUCCCCGCAGUUUCGCCUACACCGUAAAUUGCUCCAGCAAUCCUUCACGCAAUCAGCCUGCAAGACAUACAGGCCGAUCCAGAUUGAAGAAGCUCGACGCGCGAUCAAGGCAAUCCUUCAUCAACCAGAGAAAUGGGAGGGUCUUCUGCGAAAUUUCUCAACCGCAGUGGUGCUGCGUAUCGGGUUUGGUAUUGAUGUCCAAGAACAGAAUGACCCGUAUGUGAAAAUGGCGAUUGACGUGGAGGAAGCAACUGGCGAGGGUGGUGUUCCGGGGUUUUCGAUUGUCGAUAUGUUUCCUUUACUUCGGUAUCUUCCGAGCGUUUGUGCUGUCUUGGACAUAUUCAAACCGCUUGCACAUGCUCGGCGAACGAAGGCUUCUAUCCAGAGACUCCAUGAUGCACCAUGGGAUGCCACUGAACCUUUGAUCCGUGCCGGAAAGGCCACUUUCCCAUCCUUCAUGCGCACUCACUUCGGUCGCUAUCUCGAAAAUGAGGGCAAAAACAUGCCUAAUGAAGCGACAGUCGCCGAUCUUAAGGGUGCCGCCGGAGCGAUUUCCAUCGCGGGUGGAAAUACUACCUGGUCGACUAUUAUCGUUGCCAUCCUGAAUCUGAUGCUCAACCCUGAUAUACAGGCGAAGGCUCAAGCGGAACUCGACCGUGUGAUUGGGAUCGAUGAGAAGGGGGAUAUCUUACGAUUACCGACCUUUGAAGACCGCGCAGAAUUGAAGUAUUUGGAGCAUACCAUCCAAGAGACAACACGCUGGGCACCGCUCUCGCCUGUGGGAGUUCCACACGCGACGGUUGAAGAUGAUACUUACAAGGGAUACCAUAUCCCGAAAGGCUCGGUGGUGUUUGCGAAUGCAUGGGCUAUGACACAUGAUGAGCGGUACUACUCUUCACCAGAUGAAUUUAAUCCUGAUCGAUACAUUCCUAUCGCAGAGGGUGGGAAAGGGGAGCCUUUCCCAGAGGGGCCAUUUGGUUUCGGACGGCGAGUGUGUCCUGGGCAGCACCUAGCAUUGGCUGGCGUUUAUAUUUUGCUGGCGACUCUGCUAGCGACAAUGGAUUUGAAACGCCCAGUGGAUAAAGAUGGGAAUAUUAUUAAACAGACCGUCUCGUUUACCAAUGGAUUAAGCGGUGUUCCAGAUACUUUCCAGUGUGUGAUUAAGCCGAGAUCGGAGAAGGCUAGAGAGCUGUUGAUACAGGGCUAAUGGAUCGAUGUUAGGGUUGUUCGCCAUAAAUAGUUGGUUUAUGUUGAAGAUACAACAUGGAUAGUUCUAAAUAAGCCACAUGUACGUACAUAUUAAUGUAUUUGAGUUGAAGUUCUAAGGUGGUUACUUAAUUUCAGAAAUUAGUAUAGCUCAGAAUAUUUAUUAGCCUUAUUAUAGACUGGUAAAGAUAUAGAUAAU